UCAUGGUAUCUUUCAGCCUUCUCCCAGGAGAGACUCUUUUAUGUGAGCUCAUUUCUUCUCGAAUAUGACCACCGUAGCCCUCAGUAAUUAUAGCAAUGUUGAAAUUCCAAGCUAAAAACAGAAGUGCAGCAUGUGCCUAUUCCCCAUGUGACUCACAAACCAGGAAAUUGAAAAAGCCUGACUGAGAGGAAAGGAGUGCAAAGCAAUAGACACAUCUAGUAUUUAUCUCAAACCUGCUAUGCCUGGGACUUAGGAGCUGUCAUCUGCUGGAGCUUAUUAUGUAUGCAGUUAGAGCAAAGCCUGAUUGGAUGUAGUAGGACCUAAGGCGAGGGAGAGAGGGAGUGGAAAGAGAGUUCGGCUUGCAGCACUGAAAUGUAAACAGUGGAAAGCAAGACAGAGUAUAAAGCCUUUAUGCUCUGAACAGCAAGCAGCACGCUGCGAGCUCUUGUGGCUCUUGUAACAUACCUUUUGCACAGCUAGCUGUGCUGGCCUUGAUGAACAGAAACAGACCCUUCGGAGGAUCUCCUGCCUGUGGAUAUAAAUAGGGUGCAACUGGGAUGCGCUAGCUUUCUCCACCACUGCAGCUUCUCCGUGCUCUGCACCGUAGCUCUCACGGGGCAAUGGAAAUGAACAUGAAGAAGUUCACAGUGCGUCGGUUCUUCUCAGUGUAUCUCCGCAAGAAGUCUCGGUCGAAGAGCUCGAGCCUAAGUAGAUUUGAGGAAGAAGGAAUUGUGAAGGAAAUAGACAUCAGUCAUCAUGUGAAGGAAGGUUUUGAAAAAGCAGAUCCUUCUCAGUUUGAGCUGCUGAAAGUAUUAGGACAAGGCUCAUAUGGAAAGGUAUUUCUAGUGAGGAAGAUCAAAGGAUCAGAUGCGGGUCAGCUUUAUGCCAUGAAGGUACUUAAGAAAGCAACUCUAAAAGUUCGGGAUCGGGUACGAUCAAAAAUGGAGAGAGACAUUUUGGCAGAAGUGAAUCAUCCUUUUAUAGUCAAGCUUCAUUAUGCAUUUCAAACAGAGGGAAAAUUGUAUCUAAUACUAGAUUUCCUGCGGGGAGGGGACCUUUUCACAAGACUCUCCAAAGAGGUGAUGUUUACAGAAGAGGAUGUCAAGUUCUACUUAGCUGAGCUGGCCUUGGCUUUAGACCACCUCCAUGGUCUUGGAAUUAUUUACAGGGAUCUAAAACCAGAAAACAUUCUUCUUGAUGAAGAGGGUCACAUUAAGAUAACAGAUUUUGGUCUGAGUAAAGAAGCCAUCGACCAUGACAAGAGAGCGUAUUCAUUCUGUGGGACAAUAGAGUAUAUGGCCCCAGAGGUGGUCAACCGACGAGGACACACACAGAGCGCAGACUGGUGGUCUUUUGGUGUACUCAUGUUUGAGAUGCUGACAGGAUCAUUACCGUUCCAGGGAAAAGACAGAAAGGAGACAAUGGCUCUCAUUCUCAAAGCCAAGCUGGGAAUGCCACAGUUUUUGAGCAUAGAAGCUCAGAGUCUGCUGCGAGCCCUCUUCAAAAGGAACCCAUCCAACAGAUUAGGUGCUGGAUUCGAUGGAGUUGAAGAAAUUAAACGUCACCCUUUCUUUGUUACCAUAGACUGGAAUAAAUUAUAUAGGAAAGAAAUCAAGCCACCUUUCAAGCCAGCAGUGGGACGGCCAGAAGACACUUUUCAUUUUGAUCCAGAGUUCACAUCUCGGACCCCCACAGAUUCCCCAGGCGUUCCUCCCAGUGCCAAUGCUCAUCAUCUUUUCAGAGGGUUCAGCUUUGUUGCCUCGAACUUGGUGCAGGAGCCAGCCCAGCAAGAUGUACACAAAAUCACAGUUCAUCCAAUUGUACAGCAGUUACAUGGGAACAAUAUUCACUUUACAGAUGGAUAUGAGAUCAAGGAGGACAUAGGAAUUGGCUCCUAUUCCGUGUGCAAGAGAUGUGUUCAUAAAGCAACAGAAACAGAAUUUGCAGUGAAGAUAAUUGAUAAGAGCAAGAGAGACCCCUCUGAAGAAAUUGAGAUCCUCUUGCGGUAUGGGCAGCAUCCAAACAUCAUUACUCUGAAGGAUGUCUAUGAUGAUGGGAAAUAUGUGUACCUGGUGAUGGAGCUGAUGCGAGGGGGCGAGCUCCUGGACCGCAUUCUUCGGCAGAAGUGUUUCUCGGAGCGAGAAGCAAGCGCUGUGCUAUGUACCAUCACCAGGACCGUGGACUACCUGCAUUCCCAGGGCGUGGUGCAUCGAGAUUUGAAGCCAAGUAAUAUCCUCUACAUGGAUGAGUCAGGAAACCCAGAUUCCAUCAGAAUCUGUGACUUUGGAUUUGCCAAACAACUGAGAGCAGAGAAUGGACUGCUCAUGACUCCGUGCUACACUGCCAACUUUGUCGCCCCUGAGGUCCUUAAACGCCAAGGUUAUGAUGCGGCGUGUGACAUCUGGAGCUUAGGGAUCCUAUUAUAUACCAUGUUGGCAGGGUUCACUCCUUUUGCAAAUGGACCAGAUGACACCCCAGAAGAGAUUCUGGCCAGGAUUGGCAGUGGCAAAUAUGCACUUACAGGGGGAAACUGGGAUUCAGUAUCUGAUACUGCAAAGGAUAUUGUCUCUAAGAUGCUUCACGUAGACCCUCAUCAGCGCCUCACAGCAGUCCAAGUAUUAAGACAUCCAUGGAUAGUGGACAGGGAGUAUCUGUCUCAAAAUCAACUCAGCAGACAGGAUGUUCACCUGGUGAAGGGUGCAAUGGCAGCCACUUACUUUGCUUUAAACCGAACACCUCAGGCACCAAGGCUGGAGCCUGUAUUGUCCUCCAGUUUGGCUCAGCGGAGGGGCAUGAAAAGACUUACCUCAACCAGGUUGUAGCAGUACCCCCAAAAUGCCUCUUUGAAAACCCACAGUUUAUUAUUUGAGAGGUUCAUCUUCACUUGGUUAGUAGAACUUUUUUGGACAACUUGCACAUGAAACCACCAGAACAAGCAGAAGCCCAGCAUAUGGCAAAGUUCUCCUUUGCUCUCUCAUUUCUUUUACAUUCCAGACAGGAUCCUGAGUUUAACAGCUUCUCAAAGAUGUGCCAAUUUUGCCAGUAGCUCUGUUUCCUUACUAGAAAAUACUAUUUUUGAGUCCUUAAGAUGUUCCAUGAGAACAUAAUUUUCAUUUUGUUUCUCAAGAAAAGUACUUUUUGCCCUGAAGAAUGCAGUUGAGUUUGAAUGUUCAGCUGCUCCAGCAGGCGAUAGGAAGAAGUGAGCUCAUGCCAGUCCCCAGUAAACAUCUACUGAUCUGCUGCAGAUGGAGCUCUCCCCAAGAGGAGCGAAGGCUGCGAGGACAUAUAUAUUUUACCUGAAACAAGUGUUAUCUGACAUGAAGGAGGGAGCAUUGUCAAUGGUGAAAAUACCUUCUGAUUCCAAGAAAUCUUAUGUACUUUGCAACUGUGGAUGAGUCAGCAGCACUCUAAGAGCGUGUGCCAUGAGCCCUGACUUACACAGAGGUUGGGCCCUCUGAGAGCAAAAAAUCUCUGAGAAACAUGGUCCAUUGAGGAAAUUACUGGGACUUAUGAGACUGUGGGAAAACAUUCACUCAAAAUGGUAUGAGUAGGAGCCUAUGGAUCAGGGGAGGAAAGGCAUCUGGUCUCGGCCACAACCUGCUAGCAUGCAGGAGGUCUAGGAAAGUUGGAUGAGAGAGCUGGGAAGCUAAACAGCUGAGGAGAGGCUUGGGUGAGUCUCAGGACAGCAGGCAAAAAGACCUUUGGCCAUGUGAUAGGGAGCAUCACUGGAGAGAACUAACGUGCACGCACUCAGGGGCCAAACUGAGAUUGCUUUUAAAAGUGGCAGAAAGUCCUUCUUGUGUGGUUUAUAUCGUAGUGUCCAUGGGUUGCUGGGCUGAAGAAGGCCAGGUGGAUUAGCACAGCUGUCCUCUCACGCCACCCACUGCAUCCACUCAAGAUCUGCUCUGGCUGCCCAAAGCUGCUAUCCUGAAGUAACCAAGGCCAUGGCAGGUCAUUGCUCCCUGCCCUUUCCUGGCUGCUCACCUGAGUCCUCCUCGGUCACAUAACACUCAGCAUCGCUUCCUGGCUCUUCUGCGCUAACAGAGCUAAAUGUCCUAUAUUAUGUGUGUGCAAAGAAUACCCAAUUCUGAAGAGUCCAGCUAACUGUGUUACAAGCUUUAAUAUUACUAAAUUGGGAAAAGAAACAGGAGGAUACCAUGCUUAUAUACAUACAUAUACAUAUGUGUGUGUGUGUGUGUGUGUGUGUGUGUGUGUGUGUGUGUGUGACAAAAGUUCUAUACCCCAGUAUCUGUAUUUUUCAGGUAUAGGGAAAGAAAACUUUGUUGAAAAAUUCUUAGCAAAAUGGAUCUUUUCUCAUUCUCUGAUUUCAAAGAAAGUGAGCAAGGUUUGUGAAGCUGGAUGUGCAAUUUUUUUUAUUCUUUUUCUUAACCGUCUUGGCUUAUGGUGGUCACAAGCUGAUCAGGAUUCUUUUUAGUGCUUUUGUUAAUUUUUGUUUUCCAAGUGAAUUUUGUCACCUCAAAUGCUUUGUGGGAGCAGCUAAUGUGCUGUUGGCUUUUUUUCUGUUGUGAAGGGAAAAAAGAAAAAUGUGAACAUGGGACUUCAUAUGCUUGGAGAUUUUGAUUUUUCUUGCUGGGCAGUUUGUGCCUCUUGGUGCUGAACUGGACUCACCAGAUCAUUUCCUCAGAGUGUCCAAGAGAACAAGGAGUUGGCAUUUGCUAUAGCAAUAUGCUUCCUUGAACUAUCUAUGUCCUCAUGUUGAUCUGAACUUUAUGCUUGUUUGCAUUAGUCUAUUUUUAAAUUUAAAUUUAUUCUUUAUAAUUUAAAACAAUAUUUAAUGUUCAGGUUUAUGUGCUGUGCACACAGGAAUGCUGCAAAGCAGCUCCCCUUGAAGCCUUUCUCUUUUUUUAGAAUAAACAAUGCUGUGAAAAUUCACACAAUGAAUAAAUUGGCUUGAACUGAUGUGUGCAAACAUGCACAGGUGUUUUUCCAUGUUUCUAUACACAGCAGCCCUUAUUCCCUAUGCAGGCUAAGCUGUACUCAGUAUCAGCUUUUUGCUGCCUUUACACUUUUCCCGUUAUUAGAAGUUAAUUGAAGUCUUACAUAUUUCAGCUGUCCACACAAACUGAGAGGCUAGUCCAGAGGCAUGAGAUCCUGGGUGAUGCAGAAAUGCGCUGGUUAGAUCUCUUCUCCCUGGAUUUCUAUCUUGGAGGAAGACAAGAUAGGCACAAAGAUGCUAAGGUGAAUCUGGAGGACAGGAUGGAUUUUCUGAGGCCUCGACUGAUUUGUGCUAUUUCAAAAAAAAUGUAUUUUUAAUACUCAGUGUAAUUGUAUUGUAUAUGGGCAGAAAGAGUGUUGUAAAUAGUAUGUACAGUUUUUUGCCUCUCCCUAAGAGUUCCCAGUCAUCUUUCAUUGCUUAAGUUUGCUUUCUCUUCAUAGCAAAUGGGAACAGCCAAUUUAUUGAGGUUUGAUCCCCUGUUGAUAUACUCAGUCUUAAUUUUUUGAACAUUUUUUUAAAUCUUAAUAUUGUCAUAGGCCAAGCUUACAGGACAUCACUCCUCCAGAAGUUUAAUGGUUUGAAUCUGUUCCUGAGUUCGCAUUUUCUAACCCACCAGCUAUUAACCAUACAAAAAUUGGGCCAACUACAGAAUGUUAUAUGUUGAUGCUCAUUAAUUAUUUUACUUUAUAAACAUAUAAAUGAGAUACAAUGGUUUUUGCUUAUUAAGAUUUUCUUGCCAGUGCAUUCAGAUGUAUGCACAUGUCUGUAUAUGUAAAUACGUAAAUAUGUAAAUACAUAUACACACAUGUGUUGUCCCAGCUUGUCCAAAUGAAAGUACAAGGGCAGUCAGUGCUUGGAGUGAUGCUUCGAAGGAGUUUUGUCUGUGGUAUUCUUGGAAAUCUGUCACUGGAAAUUGUAAUCGUUACAUGUGGUGUGGGUAGGCCUGCACCCAGCAAGCAGCUGUGACCAUGCAGGAAGUUACCCUUCCACCCUUGCCCGUGCCCCUGCUGCACAUCCCCGCACUCCUCCAGGCAGGUCCCCCCCCUCCGCCUUGCCACUGGAUGUGCUCCUGGGAGGUUGUCCUGACCUACUUCAGUCAAGAUUAACCCAAUUAAACCAUUUCCACAGUCAGUCUUACUGAUCCAGGACUUACUGGACUGAAAUACGAGAGCCUCCAUCAGCAAAUCCAAGGGACAAUCGCUCCUGGCGGUAGGGGAGGAAUUAUCAUUUUGCACUCAUUAUUUCAGACUAAUAGCAACCACCCCUUUACCCCAGCACAGCUGGAUCCAGAAGAUGCAUGUCCCUGGCCUAAUUACUGCUACAGCUGCUUUUAUACCAGCAGCUCCUUUCCAGACUCCUUGCUAAAGUAUAGCUCAGCAAUAUUCUCAGCGUUUAUUCUUUCUAGGAGAAAACUUAACUGAAAAAGGCUUAGCCUCUCUCUAUAUAUACAUAAAUAUUUUUAAUCUAUAGGGACUUCUACUAGGUGUUAUGUUCUAACUCCUGUUAAGUCUAAAAAUCACUUUGAAUUAGAUAAUACCAUCUUGCUGGCAAUUAGUCUGCGAAGUGACCUAGUGUCUUAGGCUAUUAAAAAAUAAUAUAGUUAAAUUUCUGAAGCAUCAAACUGUGCAAAGCAAUGACAGUCCAAGGCAUACUAAAGUGUGUCUGUCACAGAUGUAGUCAGCUCAUCUAGCGAGCCGCUCCAAAAGCUGUCGCUCAGCUCAGUAGAGCGGAGCCAGCCCAGCCAUGACAAGGCAUCUCCCCACGCUUUGCAGAGCUGGGCCUCAGGCUUUGCAGGAGCAGAAUGGCCCUGAUGCGGCGGGAGGAGGUGCCUCCGUUCCUGCACAGCACCACAGCUCGUGAGUAUAGCAAAGAUGUGGGAGACAGCGCUCGCAGGCAGAGCUGACCCCCACCCCAAUCCCAUGAUUUUGUACCUGUGUAAAAUCUGCUUAAUUUUUUUAAGCAAGUUAUAACCGCAGAUAGGUGUUAUAAGACCUGACUUCUGCAUCAAAACAAAAGUGGCCCUCACAGGCACUUCGUAAGGAAUCUCUGCAUCUAGGGGGAAAAAAUAGAUUCUACUUUGCUUCUCCAGAAAUUCAGCUAGAGCAACUCCCUGAGGAUUCCCCUGGGUCCUGGGAACACGCCAGGCACAGAGAGCUGGCCGAAGUGGCACAUGCGUAUGGAUCAUGUGUCCCUGGGCUUCACCUAACUCUAGCCGAUGUAAUACUGGGACUCUUUUCAGCCUGACUUACGGUUGAACAGACUGAGUUUGGAAGGCAUAAUAAAUCCAUUGGCUUAGAGGGUGGAUCAGACUCUUACAAAUCAGUAUGGAAACAUUUUAGGGACAGGCCAUCCGGGUUUUGCCUGCUUAGUUCAGUGCUCUCUCUAACAACUUGUACCAGGCUCUGGUGCAUCUGGAUAGAUGGACUUGAGACCAGUGUGGCCAUUGCUGUGUAUCUAUGAUACGAAUUAUGUCAGGCUUGGGUCACUACCUAAACCACUCCAGCCCCUAAUUCAGAGUGCCACAAAGGGUUUUUAUGCCUCUGAUCCACGGGCAGUGCAAGCUGUCACAUGCCAGUGCUGAUGCUAAGAAAGGCAGUCACUUUCUCUUGACCUUAGCUGCUCAUUCAUGCCCUUGCACUUCCCUUAUCCAUCCUGAGGCAACAUAAAGGCUUGUCCAUCACGACAAGUGGCUGGGGACAGCAGAAGGCAGCACCGUCUUUUUUGGCAGCAGCGCUGGCUUAAACACUGGUGUGGCUAUAAUUUUGGCAUCACUUGUUUCCCUCUGUUAUUUCUGAUGUAGCUUGGAGUCAGGGCAAUGCAUGAUUUGAUUUUUGUACAGAAGCAGGUUGCAAAUGCCAGGUUUUGCCCACAGAGGUGGAAUGCAAGUCCAGGUUUCUGAAAAUUUGCUGCAAACUCAUAUAAACUCCCAGGAACCAAAGGUGUAGGGUUACAGAUAACAUGCCAAGUAGAAAUAAUGGUGAUUGUGCAUAUUUUUGCCACCAUUGAGUUUAUAAAGAAGAUAGGAAAAAUGCUGGCUUUGUUUUACAGAGAAAAUUCCUGUGUUUGUGAAGUACUACAACUUUCUAGUGCCCUAGUAGGACUAAGGCAGACAAAUUAUAGAAGGUAAAGCAAAUUAUCAUAGCAGGAAAGCAGAUAGCUUUCACAGGAGAAUGAUUAUCAUCCAGGUUUUUGAAGCUACAUUUUAAGGUGUGCAUAGCGAAAAUGCCAAAACAAACAGUUGGAAGCAAAGUUCUCUUGUUGAACAUUUGCAGAGUGCUCCCUUAAAUAAGAGCCAAGUGAGCUCCAGGGUCACAUGUCUGAAUCCUAAAAGGUAGACAAGCAGCAAAACUGGGCAAACCAGCUCAGAUAUUCCUUGGAUUAGAAAAAAAAGAAAGCCUAAAUACUUUUAGUGAGGUGCUUUUAUAUAGAUCGUAACAAAAAAAAAUGUGCAAGCCCACUUUCUUUUCUCUUUUUGAAGUAUACAUCAAAAUCCUACCAGAACUAUGUCUUCUUUCCUCCUAGGUGACUGUGCUCCUAAAACUCUGUGUUGCUCUGAGACAUUGCAGCUCACCUGCUUCUGGUGCCCCAGUCACUGUGUGCGCCCAGCCCCACAGUGCCUGGCCCAGCUCCCCCACCCGCGUCUGCCCACAACAGGCACCAGUAAGAGUUGCGCAUCCUCUCAUACUCUGCAAGUUAGAAAAAACUAAUUUGAGUGUUUAAACUCAGAAACUGAAAUGAAGUUGAAAUUAAGGUUCUCGCUGUGUAUGUAAUGAAAAUUCCUAGUAUUUAGGUGGAGGGCGGGUGGGUAGAAGCUUGUACCAGACAAGAAUGUUAUAGAGCAAAUAAAGUCACGUUAGUUCUUAAAGCCAAAUUUUAGCCAACUAGGAAAAUCUAUUCAUAACUUUUGUGAGCCCAGACCUUGCAUUUCCAUGUGCAAAUGACAGCACAUGCAGGUCAGCUAGGUAACCAGUCAUCUGAUCAUGCAUGUAAACACAGGCUUGCACAUGUAAAUGUUUUGCAGAAUGAAGUUGAGAGUCUAAAAUUUGAAAAUUUGGCCCUUUAUAUCAGCCUAUACUAUAUAAACCAUGAUGUUCUAUGUUUUGCUGUACAACCAAUAAUUAUUCCUUAGCCAUAUGUAGUUACAGGUUUAGUUUGUGCUCUGUUAUGUGUCCUAAGUGGUUCUGAUGGUCGUAAUUUGCUGAAAUGUUGUAGCCUGAAAGGCAAGUGAGGAAAACACAUGCCCUUUUGGAUAAGAGAAAUUUGAAAGGAGAGGGUGGUAAUAAGCAUUUUCAAGUGCAGAAGAUGAAAAGCAGUUGCUAAAAAGAUUGUUUCUGGCUUAUUAUUCAGAGCCAAGUCUUGCCUUCCUUACUCUAGUUGGGUUAGUACCUUAUUCUGUAAGCAGCCCCAGUGAAAUUAGGGGAACAGCUCAGAGCAGGGUCCUCUUUCAUGUAACGGUGGCAGAGUCUGGCCAUUAGGUGAUGAUAUGUGCAAGAGAUUUACUUGGGUAGUAUUUAAUGAAUUAGACAAAAUAUGAACCAUGAUCUAGCACUUUGUUUACAGGUUCCAUAUUCAUGUUUACAAACAAUGAUUUCUGAGGUUCAUGCUUUUUACGUUUCCUGUAUGAAAUGGGCAGCCGGUGUACAGAUAUUUAUUAUGUUUACCAGCGUUUCUGAAUAGAUUUUUUUUAUAGUACAUGGUUUUAUGAAGUGUAAUAUUUUUAUAGCAGAAUGAUGAUCUUUGGACUUUCUAUAUUGUUACAUACAACUGUUUGCAAAUAAGCUCUCUGCUCCCUUUUUUCUGUGCACUGUAACCAGUGUUGCUGCUGCUACUGUCGCUGGCCUCAGCUGCUGCUGCCCCGCUGUGACGUGGGCUGACGGUAUUGUGAAACUGUGCAAACUCACCUCAAAGAGCUGUGAUUGUGCUGAAGGGCUGGCUGCGUGCUGGGCAUGCCGGCAGGAGGGGAUGGGGAGCACGGGUGUACCAGGGUAAGAGUUUCCUGCAGAUGGCCCCUGAGGAGAAGCCUCAGUGCUCACCUUUGUCUGUACUCCCCCACUUUGGCUUGGCAUGCCCAUCCUUUCCUUUCUUUAUAAAGAAAUAAAAAAGAAAAAAAAAAGGAUCCUGCUUGUUUUUGCAUAAUUCCUUUUGGCCGUGUUUGAAUGCCACGUCAGUCACGGUAAAACCACACAGUUACCUUUUCAAAUUAUACCUAAUGCUGUUCCCUUUAUGCAGCCUGGAUACUCAAACCUCUGAUUUGGGAAGCAACAUAUAAGCCUUUAACCCCUGAUCUUUCCAUCAGCUCACCAGAAGAAUUCAGGAUUCCGUUGCCAGACAAAUCAGAGCUUUCACACGAGCUGCCUGCUGCAGAUUUCCCUGCCUGCUGCAGAUUUCCCUUAUCCCUUAGAGAUCUUCUAAGAUAUGGUACUUCUGAAAAUUGUUGGGAGCUGGCAAGCAGCCGGCAUAGCUUUUUGUGCUUCCUGAACUUGCUAGUGACCAGAAAAGCAGAAUCGCUCUCUCCUGCUUUGAGGGGUUGGUUCUGCUUCCCUGGAGCUGCUGCACCUGAGUCUGCACUCCGGUAUGCUGCACUGCCGCAUCCCUGCACUGCCACAUCCCUGUGCUGCCGCCAGCCCCAAAGGUGUCGCAGUGGUGAGGAGCUCCCCACAGGAAUGGCAUGUGAUAGCAGAUAUGAAAAAAACACAUAUGAUUCAGGCCCAAACAAGCAUAACUGAGCAAAACUGGACCUCAAUUAUAUUACUCACAGGAUUUCUGCUCUGAUUGUAGUUGGUCUCACGCCUCUGUUCUCCUGCCGGCUGCUCCUGGCCUCCUCCCCCUUCUGUCCUUCCUUUCCUCUCUCUGUCCCUAGCAGGAGAGAGCCCUUCUGCUCCUUUAGUCCUCGUGGCCCCUCAUCACUAGGGCACUUCUGUGUCCCGCCCCAUCCUCUCCCCCACCCCAGGGCCUACCGGUCUCAUGGAUUAUUUCUGCCUUCUCUUGCCAAACUUCUCUCCCAGCUCUCUGUUUUAUGGUUUUUAUAAUCUUGCCUGGUAGGUAGGUCAAGGACGCCUAUGUAUUUGUCUUUAUAGGCCUAGUGGUUAAAAAAUGGGGCUUUUGUGAAGAACCCUAAUCAUGUACAAGAGCAUUGAAGUGGGAAGACCAAGGGCAAAAAAAGGCUGCUUCUUCCCUCCUCCUCUUUUAAUUCCUCCUUUAACAUGACCAUGAUCAGUUAUAAGCCAAGUUGAGCCAGCUUUUGACAUAUGUAAAUCUGCAAAAGACAUGGUUACGAAACACCGUGGCACACCAGGCUCUGGGCAGGAAGAUGCAAGUCCUUCCCUCAAACCUUUCUUCCAGGAAAGGAAUAAGUGAGAUGUUUAGGUGCUUUGCCUCUUCUGUGGAGUAGCACUCACUGGCACUGAUGCUACUCCUAGAAGAGGACGGCUUUCCUGAGUAAUCUGGAGGUGUUUGGCACAAGACACUGCCCUUUCAGGAGGAAGCCUGCAUCAACAACUGUCUCCAAUCACUGCAGUUACUGGUAGGUAGCCAUGCUCUUCCACAGGGAGAAGAAUGCAUCUGUUAACAAAAAAAAAAAAAAAAAAAAAAAAAAAAGGCAAGCCUCCCCUACCCUUCCCCUGCCUUGUAAUCUUGCUUUUUACUCAACAUUUACUUCCUCCUUACAUCUGCCUCCCACUUCAUCCUCUCCAGUCCACCUUUGGCUGUUUCUGCCCCUUUUUGUGUCCCAGUUGUCAUAUGCCAUGAGAAUUGUCCUUUAGGCUCAGAAAGUCUUUGUCAUAUGUCUGAACAGCAUCUUGUUCAAAGGGAGCAGAACGGCUGGCUGAGGGCCUCAGGUGUUACAGUGAGGCAAAUAAUGGGUAGUAACAAUAACAGCUAAUGUCUGAAGACCACAAGAAGCAAAGAUUUUGCAUUAAAGCUGUGGAGAAGAUUUGGAGACAAGGAUUUUAUGCUAUGCCUGGCUGUUCAAGUUAACCAUGGAUUACCUGGAAUUGCAUUGACCCCCGAAGUUGCCAUGCUCCCACUUUUUGGAUGCAAGAUGGAAGAAGAGGAUCUCUGUCCAUUCAGCUCCAUGGACUGGAGAGCUAUUCACAGUCUUCUCUGUCUUCUUGCUGUUUUGUAAACAACCAAAGCUGGCCUGAGCUCAAUUCCAUUCUUUGUCGAGGAAAUUAGUUUAUAAAAAGGCCGGUGAUUCAUAGUCUGUGGUGAGGCUGUGCGUUGCUUUGGCUUGGCUUGCUCCUGCCUAAUUAAUUCUUCUUGUGCUUCAGGUUCUGCAGUCACCGGUAAAAAUAGCUCACAUUUUCCCCUCUGUGGAAAGCAGACUUGAAUUUUAAUGACAGUCUCUUUAAUAAAACAUGUUAAUAAAGAAUCAGUGAUUUGCAGUGCAUUUACCCAGACCUCUCAAUUGCCAGGUUAUUGUCUGAUCUCUUCUCCCUAUUAUAAACUCUAUUAUAAUCAGUUCCUUGCUUUACUUACCUAUUUCAGGCUAGCUGCUUCUCCAACUGGGUAGUCAGUGUGAAGAGUGAAGGGAGGAUUUUUUUAGCAUUCAGCUUGGAUAAGUGGGUGGAUUUCAAAUAUAAAUCUCCACUAGUUGUCAUCAUCUGCAGUGAACCCAACUCAGUGGGACACAGUGGGAAGGCCACCACCUACUGUCAGUAACCGUGUCCCCCUGAAGUCAGAAUCAAUGUACUGAAAAGAACAUUGUCAUAUUUAUUAAACAUACAAGACUUUUCCUAGAGGCCGAAAUUUAUUUCACCCCUUGGAACUAAAAUGGUCUAGCUUUUAGGAAUGGUGGCUGUUACAAUGAAGCCAUGUACGUAAAGAAUAGAAACAGCCUGUGUUUCGUUUCAGAAAAGUGACAAGAGUGAUUUGUCAGUUUUUAAAUACUUUUGCAAGUGUUUAUUUUCUGCUUUUUGGACCUCUGCUCUCAUUUCAACCCCCGUCUCCUACCAUCUGUUAAAGUCUGAACAGAGCUGCAUGUCGAUGAUAGAGCUGUGCUCUUUGCGUUAGCUCUGCAGACUAAUGCACAUGAGAGAAAACCCUGCUAAGGACAGAACAAUGUGUAUUUAUGGGUAAGAAUAAAGUGGUAUAUACAGCUGAUACGCAUACUUUGGCCUGGGCAAAAAAGUGCAUGUUCAGCUGGGCAAAGGUGAGAAUUAUUUAUUCUGCAAUUCAGGUGCAAAUUUGUCAUUACUCUCCUAAGCCAAAGAAUAGCAGGAGCGUUCUGUGAAAGCCUGUAUCGGACAGGCAUGUGUUAGACAUACACAUGCACACAACUUGCAGAGGCCCCACUUCCAGGAAGUCUCCAAGUAGCCCCAUGUUCUUCCACCACCACACAGUCCCUUAGGAAAAAUCCUGUGCUGGCAUCUGAGCCAGGCCGAGUUAUACAUUAGUAUGCCCACCAACUUAUGUACAAAUCAUGGGGGCUACAAUACUGGUUAUAUCAAUUCAAGUCAGGAAAAUACCUCCUUUUUUUGAUGUGCAGUCAGCGGCUAAAAAUUGACUCUAAAACAGGCUGGGUUGCUCGCUCAGUCACAGAAAUUUUUUUCUAGCUCAUGCUUAAUUUCAAGUGGGAUGCCUAACUGGGGAAGAUCCAUUGCCAUUGGCCUUGUCCUAUGCUUAAAUCUCGGUGCUUCAUUCUUUUCAAAACUUUCAGCUAAUUUCAUCAACUAGCAAUUCACACUCUUAAAAUUUGAUCUAAAAGGAUGUAGCAAAACCUCGUGGAUGUAAUUGGAAGCUUCAUCCCUGGCUUUGAAAGAAAUCUGGAAGAAAAGAUUAAGGGAAUAUAUGUUAAAUGUAAGCAAAUGUCAUCCAAAAAAAGGUCACUCAGGCCUCAAGAGCCAUUUUUAAAAUGUACUCAUUAGUAUUAUUCAAUAUAUUUAAAAGGAGUCAAUUCAUGCUGGAGCAGUGAAGUGAGGACGCAGUGAGAAGAGAUCUUUUUUCUCUGCAUUUCUAAUAAUGGACAAGCUAUAAGUACUCUCUGAGCAGCAGUAUAGCAUAAUAGUGGUGGGAAGCAUAAUUAUGAAAGGAAGCAACCUUGAUUAAAAGCCUGUCCUCAUCCAUGAGGAAAGUAUCAAUUAGAAUUUUUAAAAUGCAGAUCAGAUUGAACACAGGGGAAAUAAUAGAAGCAGGGUGUGAUAUUUCAAGCAAAAGGCAAGGGAUGUUGAGAAUAACAAGGAAAAAUCAUGGCUGACAGAGCCUGGAACAAAGGAAAGCUCUUUAAAAGUAGUAGAGACAGUAGAAAAAUGAGCAUGGUAAAUGCCCCCUCUUAGGAAGAGGUAGAUUAUUAAUAAUGAUGCAGAAAAGAUUGUUACAAUUUUUGCUCUGUAUUUUGAAGCACGGUGAUGUAUCACAUGAAGAUAAUUAAAUCUUUUCCAGUCCAUUAGUAUCCAAGAAAGGUGUUAAAAAUGUUACAUCAAUAAAGACAGAUACAUACAAUACG